GUCGCCGGCGGUCGCUUGUUGCCUUCUCCCCAGCCUCGAACUUCCAUCCGCCGUUCAGGCCCCCGGACCAGCAAUGCGGUCGCUCUCUGCCUUGGUCGCCCUUGCGCUCGCCUUCGGUGCUGCUGCAGUCCCCUCGACCGCGGUGCACAAGGUCAAGGAAAACGUCGUGUCCCCGCGAGGAUGGACGAAGCGCGCCCCGGCCCCGUCUGACCACAUCAUCGAGCUCCGCAUUGCUCUCCCCCAGCCCAAGUUCGACGUGCUCGAGAAGCAUCUCUACGAAGUCAGCGACCCCUUCCACGAGCGCUAUGGCCAGCACUUGACGAAGGAGGAGGUUGAGGCUCUCGUCGCUCCCGAGGCCGAGAGCAUUCACCUCGUCAACGAAUGGCUCGCAUCGCACGGCAUUUACGAGGACGACCUCGCCCGCUCUCCAGCCAAGGAUUGGGUCCAUAUCAAGGUCCCUGUGUCCCUCGCGGAGGAGAUGCUCAAGACUGAAUACCACAUCUGGACCCAUGACGCGUCCGGGGACUCGGUCAUCCGCACGACGUCCUACAGCCUUCCCGAGCACCUACACGAGCACGUCGAGCUUAUCCAGCCCACGACCGUCUUCUCGCGGACAAAGUCCCUCAAGACAUCCUUCCGCUUUUCCGAGGCACAGGAGAAGUCCGUCGCCAUCGCCGCGAACGCGCCGCCCAUCAGCGUGCCCUCCGCGUCGGGCGGCCACGUCGACGCGUCCUGCAACCAGACUAUCACGGUCACGUGCAUCCUGGAACUCUACAACGCCGUCGGCUUCAAAGCGUCCGCGACGAACGGGAACCAGAUCGGUAUCACCGGCUACCUCGAGCAAUUCGCGAACAUCCAGGACCUGCAGACGUUCUUCGCGGAGCAGAGGCCCGACGCGCUCAACUCGACGUUCAAGACCAUCCUCAUCAAUGGCGGCGAGAACAACCAGACCCUCGACGAGGCUGGCGCUGAAGCCAACUUGGAUACCCAGUUCGCCUACGGCCUCACGUUCCCUACCCCGGCCACCUUCUAUUCGACAGGUGGCAGCCCCCCAUUCAUUCCCGACGUGCUCACACCCGACGACUCGAACGAACCGUACACGGAGUGGCUUGAUUUCGUCCUGAAGCAGAAGACUCUGCCGCAGACCAUCUCCACUUCCUACGCUGACGACGAGCAGACUGUGCCCGUCAGCUUCGCCAAGCGCGUCUGCGCCGGGUUUGCACAGCUCGGCGCUCGCGGUGUCUCUCUGACAUUCUCUUCCGGUGACGGUGGUGUCGGCGAUGGUGAGGAGGACCCGGCGCUCCAGGAAUGCUUCACCAACGACGGGCGCAACGUGACGCGCUUCGUCCCGCUCUUCCCCCCUUCGUGCCCCUUCGUGACAGCGGUGGGCGGCACCAUUCACGUUCCUGAGACGGCCGUCUUCUUCUCUGGCGGAGGCUUCAGUGAUGUUUUCCCCCGCCCGGCAUACCAGCAGCUCGCUGUUUCCAAGUUCCUCAACAAGCUCGCGCCCGGCACGUACGCGGGUCUCUUCAACCCUAACGGCCGCGCCAUCCCCGACGUCGCCGCCCAAGCCGACCUCUUCCGCAUCUUCCUCUCCGGGCGCCCCGUCUCCAUCGGCGGCACCUCCGCCGCGGCGCCGACGUUCGCCUCCAUCGUCUCGCUCCUCAACUCCGCGCGCAUCUCCAAGGGCCUGCCCUCGCUCGGCUUCCUCAACCCGCUCAUCUACGCGCUGCAGGCGACCGACCCCAGCGUCUUCAACGACAUCACCACCGGGAACAACCCCGGCUGCGGCACGCCCGGGUUCAACGCGACCGAGGGCUGGGACCCCGUCACGGGUGUGGGCACCCCCAACUUCGGGAAGCUCAAGGACAUCGUCACGUUCGACUUCGCGGACGUCCUGACGAACGCGGCCAAGUUGGGUGCGUGAGCGUUUGGCGUUCGGGUGUGUAGGGCUCAGGCACCACUGGGGCUGCACACGACUACAGUGCGUACGUAGGUGCUGCCGGGGAACCGCACGGCAGGGGCGAGGAGAUUGAGAUGUACCAAAAACGUCAAAUUGUCAUCGUACGACGCCAGUCGACGUAACCCGCUUCGCUGCGUGCUUAUCGUCCAGCUCGCACGCGCGCCGCGUGGGCUCCGUGGUGUUCAUUUGCAUGCAUGGGGAAGGUACGUGCAGCGAGCGGUCGAGUUCCGCGAGAAAGCAGCGACUGAACGCCGACGCUAAAGAAAGCAGCAAGGACGGGAUGCGACGCUAAGAAUAAGUCGUCUAUACAACACUGAGAUUAG